UUUAGCACUAUCUGCGUUCUCAUUGGCUCUCUCUCUCUAACACACUUUCUCUCUAAUGGGUUCGGAUAGAGAGAGAGAAAGCUGCAACUCUCGGCACUUCACAUGGCUCGUGAAGUCAUGUUUCCCCAACACUCACGACGCCACCGUAAUUAAACACACGCUGCAACCGCAACGACCCCCUACUUCACCUACGCCCGCAACCACCAUAUCCUCCCUCCCCGACGACAUCGUUUUGGACUGCCUCUCCCGCGUUCCCCCCUCUUCUCUUCCCGCACUGUCCCUCGUCUGUCGCCGCUGGUCCGACCUCCUCCGCUCCCCCGACUUCUCUUACCUCCGCCGCCGCCGCCGUCUACUCCGCCACACCACCUUUGCACUCGCCGCCUCCGACCUCGGCCUCUCCGCUGCCACGCUCCUCGACGGCGCGUGGAAUGCCUCCCUCUUCGUCCCCUGCUAUGACGCCGUUUCCCUCGACAACUUCCACUCCUUACUCUCCCACGCGCGCGUGGCUUCGAUUGGUCCGAGGAUUUUCGUCGUCGGAAGGAGUGCCACGUUGCAAUACGACACGUGGACCGCCACCGUAACCCCGCGCUCGUCCAUGAUUUUCCCGCGCAAAAAAUUCGCAUUGGCCGCCGUCACCGGGAAAAUAUACGUCGCCGGCGGUGGUUCAAAAACCACCGCAGUUGAAGAAUAUGAUCCUGUAGCUGAUGCUUGGAGCGUGAUAUCUCACGCGCCGAGGAGGAGGUACGGUUGCAUUGGAGCCUCAGUUGAGGGCGUGUUUUACGUGAUUGGUGGGUUGAGAAUUGGCGCCUCCGAGCAGAGCGUGUUCUCACGCGCCACUGGAGGAGCCGAGGCUCAUGCGGCAUACGCGAGUUCCAUGGAUUUGUUUGAUGUGGAGACGCGCGUGUGGCUCCGGAGCAGGACGGUACCCGGAGGAGGCUGCGUGGUGGCCGCAUGUGCUGCAGCUGGGCGCGUGUAUGUGUUGACCAGUCACGCGGUGGAGCUUUCGUUUUGGAGUUUUGAAGCACGGAGAAAAUGCGGUGGCCGUGGCCGUGGUGUAUUUGGAGAGUGGUGUAGGAUUAAGAGCCCACCGCUACCGUCGCAAGUUAGAGUGGACACGAGGAUGAGGUUUAGCUGUGUGGGGAUGGGAGAUAAGGUGGUGUUGAUUCAAAUGGCUGGAAACUUGAAUGAAAUGAGGGGCUUGAGAGAAGGGUUUGUUUUGGUGUAUGAUUGUGUCGCCGGAGAGUGGAGUAAAGGGGCAGAUUUGCCGGAGGUUUAUCGACGCGCCGCCUAUGUGGGUGUGGAGUGCUAGGUUGGCAUCUUUUGUUUGGACUUGGGAGUGUAGUGUGACCAGCAGACAAAUGCGUAUGAGGGUUGGGUUCAUAGGAUAGGGGGAAUCUAAGGUUGUGGUCCCCUCUAUAAGUUCAGUUAAUCUUUGGGAAUGAGCAAUUGCGUUGAUUUUUAUUGGCCUUGUUCUCUGCAAGGUAUUCUCCUUUUUUUUGUUGGAGAAAAAAAUGGAAGAAUUAUUCACACACAUUUAUUGUUAAUAAAUGUAACAU